ACAUUUAGUUUCAGCACAGUUUUUAAAAAAUGUUUAAUGUGCGAUUCAAAGGAUGGACAGCAGUAGCCACAUGGAAGUGGAUAGCAAACGACGACAACUGCGGCAUAUGUAGGAUGGCCUUUGAUGGUUGCUGUCCGGAUUGCAAGAUCCCUGGAGAUGACUGCCCACUUGUCUGGGGCCAGUGUUCCCACUGUUUCCACAUUCACUGCAUCGUUAAGUGGCUGAACUCGCAACAAACUCAUCAAAUUUGUCCCAUGUGUAGGAGGGAAUGGAAAUUCAAGGAAUGAUUGCAUCCUGAAUUUUAUCCUAAAUAUUUUUUUCUGAACCUCAUUUAUAAUAUAAUCAUUUUUUUAUUAGUUUUUUCACUGCUAUUUACAAUUUACACAGACAAAAACAUCUCCCAAAGCUAAAACCCUUGCGUUUAAUGCCUAAGGCCAAACUAUGUAAUGUAAUUUGGUUGUCAUUAUAUAGUAAACUAUGAUUAUUAAGGUUAUUCAGUUAUGGUCUUGUCAUGUGCUAACUGUAAUUAGGAAUUAUAAUGGCGUUUUUUUCUUUUCUAUUUUGUUUGCAGUGUCUUCAUAAUGUUUUGAUGUCUUAAUACAGGGCAGGGGUGGGCAAACUUUUUGUUGUGAGGGCCGCACAUGUAAAUUUUUUCGACCCUGGGGAGAAUUUUUUUAAGAACAAGGCCUUUUUUGGCGAACAAGGCCUCGCUGGACGCAUGCGGCCUUGCCCACCCCUGUCUUAAUGUGUAUAUACACAUGUUUAAUUAUACUUAAUUAAUUAAUAGGAAGUUUGAUUAGAUAUGUAAGAUAAUUGCUUGGGUGGAUGUGUCUUCACGCCAAAUUUCCAAACAUUUAUCAUUCACAAAUAAUUUCUCCCUUUGUUUUUACUUUCAACUAUGAAAAUCUUACAGAUAUAGACGUUAUUUAUAUUCGAAUACAAAUUCAAUCAAAGAAAUUCAACGGAAAAUAAAAUUAACGUAACACCAAA